AUGUAUACACCAAUGGCUUGGGAUGAAGAAUCAGAAGUAGCCAGUGAAACGGAACCAUCAUCGGUCGCUGCUAGUAAUUUACCACUCACAACACAAAGUACAACAUUCAACACUUUUUUGGACAAACCUUCUCGAAACUCGAUCAAUGUGUUGAAUAAAAAAGACGCGGUGUCAUCACAUCAACAAAUGACAGUUGAUAUAAUGUCAGCAGCUGAAGGCAGUAAUCAGUCAACUACAAGUGGAACUUGUUCUACAACGGCAUCGAACCAAAUAUCUUCUUUAUCCGAAUUUUCAUCUGAUACUAUCAAUGGGCAACACAACGCACCAUCGAAUCAGCCUGCACUCACUUAUUUAGCAUCUAAUUGUUCGUCAUCAAAUUUGCGUGAAAUGCGUGACAACGGACGACUGACAAAUGGAGGAGAGAAACAUAAUGCAGUUAGCUAUAUAUUUAACGAAUCUGCAGGUAAUUUAAUCAUAAAUGACUUUUGUUUGGCUGAUUUGAUUAACUGUUAA